UGUUCACCGGUGUCACUUUGAGGUCGCACGCUGCGCCUGCAGCUGCCAGGGCCCAAGUUAGAAAGUUAUCUGGACGCCAGAGGAAAAAACAUGCAAAUGCGACGUUCCUUGUGCGGUAAAGCAGAGUAGGUGGUGAGCGAGUGAGCGUUGACUACAUGUGGUUCCUGUUCGGUCCAGCUCACUUUCUGUGCAGAUUUAGAAGUCUUAAACUCUACGCUCUAUGUUUAAACCAUUAGAUAUGAUGCCAAAGACAUUCUACCCCGUGCGCCUGUAUUAACGAGUAACGGGCCCUCGGCUGCGUUCUCACUGAAUAUCACAGGAAGGGCACCGCAGGGGUGGAGGGAGGGACUGCCCCCCCACCACCCACCUCAGCGUCUCCAGCUCACGUUACCGAGCUACAGAGAAGUGGUGCAAUCAGCGCACGGCCAACUGCGCCACAUGCGCCUGCCUUCUCAUCCAAAUGUGACCAAACUCGGCUCCGGGGCCCAUUGCGCUCCCGCACCGACCGCCGACGUCCCGCUGAUCGUCCCUCGCGCAAUGGGACGCGGUGGCGUGGCGCAACCGAACCCGGUCGGCCGGUGGCGAGAGUGACGGCGGCAGCUGCGGAGCCGGAGGAAGGGAGCUUCUCGUGGGAGCGCUCGGUUGCAAGACGCGCGGUCUGGAGGAAACGUGAGGCGCACGCAUACCUCCAGUGAACCGGCCCGCGCCCGACAGCUGCGGCGGAACCGACCCACCGAUCGGAAAAGUUUACCGGCAGAAAGGGAACGCGUUCUUCUUCCAGCCGGACAGAGACAGACCUUUGAAGCCUGGGAGCGUAACGGCGUAGCAUGGGAGCACUAUGUUGUCCAGGAAAGGACUCAUCCCGGAGGACUACCUGCUGACCCGCUUGGCUGAGGACGUCCUGCAGCCCAAGUUCAAGACCAAAGCGGGGAAAGCUCGGUUCGUCUCCAAGAACGGCACCUGCAAUGUGGCGCACACCAACAUCCGAGAGCAGGGCCGCUUUCUGCAGGACGUCUUCACCACCCUGGUGGACUUAAAAUGGCUCCACACGCUCAUCAUUUUCACCAUGUCGUUCCUGUGCAGCUGGCUCCUGUUCGGGAUGAUCUGGUGGCUCAUCGCCUUCGCGCACGGCGACCUGGACCAGCGGGGCGACGACUUUGUGCCGUGCGUAACGGACAUCCACUCCUUCUCGUCCGCGUUCCUCUUCUCCAUAGAGGUCCAGGUGACCAUCGGCUUCGGCGGCCGGAUGAUCACGGAGGAGUGCUUCUCCGCCAUCAUCGUGCUGAUCGUGCAGAACAUCGUGGGGCUGGUCAUCAACGCCAUCAUGCUCGGCUGCAUCUUCAUGAAGACGGCGCAGGCCAACCGGCGCGCGGAGACGCUCAUUUUCAGCAAGCACGCCGUCAUCUCCGUCCGCAACAACAAGCUGUGCUUCAUGAUCCGCAUCGGGGACCUGCGCAAAAGCAUGAUCAUCAGCGCCACCGUGCGGAUGCAGGUGGUCAAACGGACCACGACGGAGGAGGGCGAGCUGGUGCCUCUGGACCAGAUCGACAUCCACAUGGACAACCCGGUGGGCACCAACGGCGUCUUCCUGGUGUCCCCCCUAAUCAUCUGCCACGUCAUCGACAAGAACAGUCCCCUGUACGAGCUGUCGGCCGUCGACCUGCUGCACGACGACAUCGAGGUGAUCGUGGUGCUGGAGGGGGUGGUGGAGACCACGGGCAUCACCACGCAGGCCCGGACGUCGUACGUGGCGGAGGAGAUCCUGUGGGGGCAGCGCUUCGUGCCCACGGUGUCGGAGGAGGACGGGAUGUACGCCGUGGACUACUCAAAGUUCGGCAACACCGUGAAGGUGCCGACACCGAGCUGCAGCGCCAAGACGCUGGACUCGCGGGUUAAACUGUUCGAGGGCGCCACCUCGCGGGCGUCUGUGAGAAAGCGGAGUGGGUCCGCGGCGGCCCGCAAGUCCAAGAUGGAGAGUUAGCGGAGAUGCGUGAGCCACGCAGUCAGCGUUUUGUAUGGGAAUGACUUGAGUGUCGACUUAAUAGGAUGAUAUUUUAUAAUAAAGGACGUGUACGUAAUCAUUAAUCCACAUCCCUCUAUGCAGUCAAAACAUGUCAACAUGCUUUUUACUCAGGGACAGUAUGAAAAUGCACAGAGGUCAAUGAAAUGCAAUUUAUACACAACCUCCACAAUAAACACAAGAAACUAGAA